CAGAGCCCCAUAAACCCCAGUCCUGCAAACCCCUCGCCCCACAAACCCCAGUCUACAAACCCCUCACCCUGCAAACUCCAGUCCUGCAAACCCCUCACCAACAAUUCCAGAGCUCGCAGUCCCCUCUCCACCCUCCCCACACCCCGACACGCCGGGCAUGGCCCCUCCAGCCCUCCCCGUCCCCCCGGGGGGGCCCGUCCCCCUGGGUGGGUAUUUAGGGCCGGGCCGGUGGCACCCAACCCCCCUUGCCCCCCGCCAUGCUGAGUGUGCUGCUGCUCCUGGGGGGCCUGGCCCCCGCCCUGCCCGCUGGUCCCCACUGGACGUACGAGGGUCCCCACGGGCAGCAGCACUGGCACGAGGGACACCCGGAGUGCGCGGGCCGGGCGCAGUCACCCAUCGACAUCGCCACAGCGCGGGCACAGCCAGACCUGUCCCUGCCGCCGCUGCGGCCCGAGGGCUACGAGCACCCCGAGAGCGCGGAGCUGACCCUCGCCAACAACGGCCACACCGCCGUGCUGGCACUGCCACCGUCCCUGCGGCUCGAGGGGCUGCCCCACGCCUUCGCUGCCCUGCAGCUCCACUUCCACUGGGGCCGGCCCGGCCACGCCGCUGGCGCUGAGCACCUGCUGGACGGGCACCGGGCCCCCGCCGAGAUGCACGUGGUGCACUUCGAUGCCGAGCGUUUCGCCGACGCCAGCGCGGCUCAGCAGCACCCGGGCGGGCUGGCCGUGCUCGGCAUCAUCCUGGAGCUGGGAGAUGACCCCCACCCCGCCUAUGACAACAUCCUGAGGCAUCUCGGCAGCAUCCGCUACGCAGGGCAGACGGUGGCCAUCCCCUCCUUCAGCAUCCGGGAGCUGCUGCCCGCGCAGCUGGAGCGCUACUACCGCUACAACGGGUCCCUGACCACCCCGCCCUGCUCCCAGAGCGUCCUCUGGACCCUCUUCCCGCAGCCCGUCCGCAUCAGCCGGGCCCAGCUGGAGCAGCUCCAGGGAAGCCUUUACUCCACGGAGGAGGGCGAGCCGGAGGAGCCCCAGCUGCUGGUGGACAAUUUCCGAGCCCCGCAGGAGCUGAACCAGCGCCUGGUGCUCUCGUCCUUCCCCAGGGAGCCACAGGGAUACUCCACAGGUGAGGUCAUCGCCAUCAUCUUCGGCGCCGUCGCCGGCUGCGUCGGCCUCUUCCUCGCCGUCCACUUCGGGGCCAAGCGGAUGCGCGCGAGGCGGGCGCAGGCACAGGACGUGGUGUUCAAAGCUUCCUCCCGCCGCUCGCCCAUGGACGCUGGACACUCCCGCUGACCCCUGGCAAAGGCUGGCCCACCCACAGCCCCACUGCAAAUAAAGCCCUUUCCCCCUC